CGGAAAAAGUCAGACUCAGUCGGGGAAUGUACCUCGUUGGACGUGCUGCGAACAAGUUUUCUGCAAGAAAUAUAACGUUAACGUUACCGUUAACUGAGAGAUGGAGACAACGGUGUACACUUCUGUUGUGAAAUAAAAGGAGACCAGGUGGACAUUUAACGGUUGGUGUCCUACAUUUGAACAUCUACUUCUCAUCACUGUGAUUUAAAUCAGUGACAGACCACACUACAGACUUCCAGACCUCCUAUACCAGCUUCCAGCCACUAUGACUUAGCUAACAGUAGCCCAGGCCCCUCCCCUGACCAUCCUUUCCUCUCAACCCCACUCUGUCUCUCCCGCUCACCCAGUUCUUCAUUUCCUCUCCUGAUGCGGUGAUUUUUGGUUCCACCACCAGCGGCGCCUUUUCUAACGCAAUGAGCAGCCUGCAGCAGCAGCAUCAUGGCAGCACAGGCUCAGAACGAGACCUUCACUCUGCUGCCUCAUCUGUUAGCCUCCCUUCAGUUAGAAAGACCCCCAAAAAACGCCGUCUGUCCCUCCACUCAUUGUUCAGUCGGCGACGCCGGCCUGACCGCGACCCCAAGCGCAAGUCCAGGCCUCUGCAGGCUGGAGCGGAAGGCAUUGUCAGCACAGAAAGCGUCCAGUCCGAGCCUGUCCAUGAUAAAACUUCUUCCCAAACUGCACUGACUGUAGCAUCGACCUCAUCAGUGUCAGAUCCUUCAGAGCUGCUGGAGUGCCCACUCUGCCUACUGCGCCAUGCACGCGAGCGCUUCCCAGACAUCAUGACCUGUCCCCACCGGUCCUGUGCAGACUGCCUGCGACAGUACCUGCGCAUUGAGAUCUCAGAGUCUCGUGUCAAUAUCUGCUGCCCCGAGUGCUCAGAGCGCCUUAAUCCCCACGACAUCCAGAUGAUCCUGGGGAACCGAGCACUCAUGGAGAAGUACGAGGAGUUCAUGCUGAGGAGGUGGCUAGUGGCCGAACCUGACUGCCGCUGGUGCCCGGCCCCCGACUGUGGUUACGCAGUCAUUGCGUUUGGCUGUGCCAGUUGCCCAAAGAUCACCUGUGGGCGUGAGGGCUGUGGGACAGAGUUCUGCUAUCACUGCAAACAGCUGUGGCAUCCCAACCAGACAUGUGACUCUGCACGGCAACAAAGGGCCCAAAGCCUCCGGUUGAGAAGUUUCAGGUCCUCCUCACUCAGCUACAGCCAAGAGAGUGGAGCAGCAGGUGAUGACAUCAAGCCCUGCCCUCGUUGUGCUGCCUACAUCAUCAAGAUGAAUGAUGGGAGCUGUAAUCACAUGACCUGUGCCGUCUGCGGCUGUGAGUUUUGCUGGCUGUGCAUGAAGGAGAUCUCUGACCUGCACUAUUUAAGUCCAUCAGGCUGCACCUUCUGGGGGAAGAAGCCCUGGAGCAGAAAGAAGAAGAUCCUGUGGCAGCUUGGCACGUUGGUGGGCGCACCCGUGGGCAUCGCCCUCAUUGCCGGCAUUGCCAUCCCUGCGAUGAUCAUUGGCAUCCCAGUUUAUGUGGGCAGGAAGAUCCAUAAUCGCUACGAGGGCAAGGACAUCUCUAAACACAAGAGGAACUUGGUAAUAGCUGGUGGUGUGACGCUGUCUGUGAUCGUGUCCCCUGUAGUCGCAGCGGUCACUGUCGGCAUUGGCGUCCCCAUCAUGCUGGCAUACGUCUACGGCGUUGUCCCAAUCUCACUGUGCCGGAGUGGCGGCUGUGGAGUGUCUACUGGCAAGGGCAAAGGGGUGCGAAUCGAGUUCGACGACGAAAAUGACAACAUAGGUAGCGGGGCAGCAGCCACAGACACAACCUCUGUGGCAGAGACUCGGCUCAACAAUCCCAGCCUCGGAGAUGGAGCGAGUGUCGGUGGCCUGACGGGCCUGAGCCUCAGUGUCAGCGGGAGCCACAUGGAACGCUGCGGCAUGAGCUCCACUCAGCGGGACAACAUGAGUGACAAUGUCAGCACCACGGCCCUCGCUGGGACCAGCAUCACAGGCAGCCUCUCUGGCAGCUGCUACAACAGAAUGGAAGUGCAGGCUGAUGUCCAGAAGGAGCGCUGCAGUCUGAGCGGGGAGUCAGCCACUGUAAGUCUUGGGACAAUCAGUGACAACGCAAGCACAAAAGCCAUGGCAGGUUCCAUCCUCAGUGCCUACAUGCCUCUGGAAAGAGACAAUAGUCUGGACAUCCAGGCAGACUUGGAAUCCAAACAGGAGAAGAUGAGGCACUGCAGCGCCAGCAGCAGCCUGGAUGAAGCCAGCUGUAGCAGUAGCACCGCUGGCCUUAAAGAUGCUAGCGGUGGUAUGUGCUCAUGCCCGGCCACCUGCUGCUGUGCGGAGCACGACAACCACUGCUGUCCCUCGUCCCCCUGGUCAAAGGAACCCUCCACUUCAGGGGCCAAGAAGAGCAGAGGAAAGCUUUGGAAAACCGCUAGCAGCAGCAAAGGAGACAAAAAAAUAAACGAGACACAAGGAGAAAUAGAUGCUCAGCUCCUGGAGCAGCGCAGCACCAACUCCUCUGAGUUUGAUUCACCAUCUCUGAGCGGCAGCCUGCCCUCAGUGGCCGACUCACACUGUAGCCACUUCUCAUCAGAGCUCAGCUGCUCCGACCCUGAAACCUCAAGACCGGCUCAUCCACCCUGCUCCGGCCCAAUGGACCCCCACCCUCAUCAUCCCUCCAACAACUCCAAUGACAUCACCAUCACACCCAUGCCUGAGGUGGAGAAUGACCGCCUGGAGCAUUAUCUGCCUCUGAGUAGCCACGCUGCCUUCACCCACCACCUGCUAUCAUCAUCGCCAGCUGCUUCACCAAAAGAGGGAAGUAGCGGGGCGUUUCUAUACAUCAGUGAGGAGAGGGGAGGCGCCAUCACAGACACAGAGCCAGACAAGGACGACAAAAUAAAAGAGACCAGCAAAAACACUGCCGCGCAGCCUGUAAGCCCAACAAGGAGCCACUGUAUACAAACUGAUAUUUAAAGGAACUCACAUGUUCUUUGCGUGUUGGCAAUGCUACCACUAGUAGCUCAGUUAGCCUUAACACCUAAUUUCACUCUUAGGUAACACCCCCCCCCCCCCAUCAUCUUGGGAAUCUGGUCAGGUUUAAGGCUAUAAGUUCAAGUCUAAUUAUAUUUUGAUUUGCUGUAGAGCCAGGCAGGAAUAUUAUGUGAAUGUCAGUCUAUAAAGUUACAGAGGGUCAGAGUCUAAGUUGGAGUGAGAAUUGUGACUUAAGUAAAUGGUAAAGGCAGAUCAGCGGGUUCUGUUUUUCAGUGACAGAGCAAGCAAGAUGUGUGAACCAGAGGUUUCAGCCGUUUGUUGAAGCGCCAUCUGGAGCAGCAAGGCCUAUAGUAGGUGGAGUUGAAUGUAUUUGGACAGGUUGUAAUGUCGGUUAUCCAGGUGAUCUGCGAAGCUUGACUCCUGAAUGAUGUUCUAAAUCCAAGUUUAAGGCAGAUCUUAACCUUUUCCUAAUGUUUACGAAAAGCAGACGUAAUAAAGCUGGUUAGAAGAGCAAGUAAAAUGUUUGAUAUUAUUUCUAAUAGAAAGUUGAGCUGCUAUCCUAAAGCCUGAACAUAUCCUCCCUCGUGACAUCCGCAAUAAUCUGGUUUGGCUGAAUAAGGGAUGGAUAUGUCAUCACUGUGGUCCACCACUGUGCCACCAGUUCAUUUGGUGGCUUCUUAAAACGGCAUGAGAAACACCACAGGAUUGUUGAACCUGAGAGGGACCAGUCCGUACAGUAGCACAUUUUAUUUUUCCAUAAUCAUCCAUAAGAAAAAAUAUUAUUGUUGAUUUUGUUUAAAAUGUGACUCCUGUUUUUUGUGUUCUUUUGUCUUAUGCUUAUUUUUAUUUUCCAUUUUGGGAAAGUUGUUUUUAAAGCCCAGUGUUGGGUCCAAACCUGUUAGUAUGAUCAGAUGGAAAAUAGUGUUUACUAUUCAAAACGUAGCCCUUUUCAAACAUUGUGGAUUUGAGACAGCGGCUGUCUUCACAAGCCUCGGUCUGCCCGGGUGAAAUAAUAGUUUUGUUUGUGGUUGCAGCUUUGCAAAUGUAAUCAAGUCUUCACUGCAACUUUUUAGUGUAUUAUGGUAUUAUUUAAGGUAUAUUAAAGAAAGGGAAUUUUAAGUUAUUCCUUGUAAACGUAAA